AUGCGGCUCUUGUCUGCUUCCAAAGGCCUCCGGUCCACAUCCAGGCCCCCUGUCUCGACUCUCAAAUGCCAAUAUCGCGCCUAUAAUGCCGCCGUCAUCGGGGCAGGCGUCACGGGCCUCACGGCGGCUUGGCAGCUAAUCCAGGAUUCCGAAUGCUCGUCUGUGACUAUUUAUGAAAAGUCGAAUCGACUCGGAGGCUGGCUUCAAUCGGAGACGAUACCUGUGGAAGGAGGGGAGGUGGUUUUCGAAUAUGGACCGCGGACUUUGAGGAGUGCGAUGCCGGCUUCUUUGCCUUUGUUAUAUUUGACUUCGAAUUUGGGUCUUUUUAAUGAACUUAUUACGACGUCGAAGCGCAGUCCUGCCGCGUUGAAUCGAUAUAUUUACUAUCCGGACCAUUUGGUCCGCCUGCCUACGCCAGAUCCCCGUCUCUCAUUCAUGGAGAAUGCAAACAAUAUCGUCAAGACAAUCACGACGGAACCUCUCUUCGAAGGGUUCAUCACCGGUCUGCUCUCCGAGCUCUUUAAACCCGGCGGAUCGGAGCGGGUAUGGGGCUCGGACGAAAGUAUUACUGCCUUCAUUAGCCGACGCUUCAACCGCAAGAUCGCCGAUAACCUCGUCUCCGCCGUGAUGCAUGGGAUCUACGCAGGAAACAUUGACGACAUGAGUGCGCAGACGAUCAUGGGCUCCUUGCGCAAUUUGGAAGAGACUGGCGUUCUUAAAACCUUACUGACUAGAGCCAUUAUGGGAACGAAGACAAGAACAAUGGACGACUUUCUGGCAAUCGAUGCUAUUGCGAAAACGCCCGAGACUUUGGAACGCAACGAGGAGAUCCAUCGUGUCGUCAAGAAGGCUAGCACUUUCACGUUCAAGCGAGGCACACAGCAGCUCAUUGAUGGGUUGAUAGAGGCGCUUAGAUGCUCGAACAAAGUCCGGCUUGUGAUGGAGGCGGAUAUCUCGGGUAUGGCACCACCACAAAAUAAAGGACAUAAAGUGCAGAUUUUUAGCGGGAUAAGAGGCCAGGAAGCAUUUGAUCACGUCAUCUCUGCCGUCCCCGCGCCAGCCCUCGCACGUAUACUGGACCCGAAAGUCGACCUCGACAUUGAGAACUUCAUCACUUACGACCAUGAAGGCUUUGCGGAAAAGUGGCAGCAACGACGCGCAGGCCGUGCCAAGCCCAACGCAGCUUUGACUGCCGGACUUCAAUUCUACGGCAGAUCGACGACGGUAAUGGUGGUGAACUUGUACUACAAAACCCCCAACCUCCUCCCCGUUGACGGAUUUGGCUAUCUCAUCCCUCGCUCUGUCCCGUGGGAACAGAACCCCGAGUGCGGUCUAGGCGUGAUCUUCGCCUCGGCCUCUAGCUCUGGUGAGAGCCCUGUGGCGCCAUAUCCAGAGGUCUCGCAGGAUUCCGCGCCAGGCACAAAGCUCACCAUCAUGUUUGGCGGACAUUAUUGGGAUGGAUGGAGGAAAGAAGAUUAUCCGGACCACGGGACUGCGGUCCGUAUGGCAAAGGACAUGUUGGAAAGACACCUGGGGAUCACUGAAGCCCCCGCGCUUGUUCGAACACAGUUACAGGAGAAUGCCAUCCCCAGGUACCAGCCAUUCCAUAUGACCCACACCCAUGCAGUGUCUGCUGUUGCGAGAGAGGAAUACCACGGCCGGCUGGUUCUGGUGGGUAAUUCUUUCACCGGCGUGGGAGUGGGUGACUGCGUGAGGCAGGGCAUUUUGGCGGCGACUCAUGGAGUGGGUCGUCAUGAGCUUCCUGUGACUCCCCGGAUGGAGCCUAGCGACUGGUGUCCCUGGAAAGAAUUCCAUUACCUGCGUUGGGAUAUGAAGGGCGGUAUUCCUACGGCACCGGUGCGGUUAUUCGAUUCGGAUAUCUGA